AUGUAUUUGGUGCACGGUGAUGACGAGCCAGAAAUCCCAAUAGAUGGGACAGAAUUAUCUCACUACCGCCAGCGUGCCCUCCUGCAAUCACAGCCAGUUCGCCGGACACCUCUCCUCCACAAUUUCCUGCACAUGCUGUCCUCCCGCUCCUCUGGCAUCCAGGUGGGAGAGCAAAGCACAGUACAAGAUUCUGCUACCCCCUCACCCCCACCGCCUCCCCCUCAGCCCUCCACGGAGCGUCCCCGGACUUCCGCUUACAUCAGGCUCCGACAGCGGACCGAGCCCUUCCAUCCCCCGGAGCAGGCUUCGUCAACGCAACAGGACCAGGGCCUCCUGAAUCGGCCGUCUGCCUUCAGUACAGUCCAGAGCAGCACUGCGGGCAACACGCUCCGCAACCUCAGUCUGGGUCCUACCCGUCGCUCUUUGGGGGGCCCUUUGUCUAGCCAUCCUUCUAGGUAUCACAGAGAACUUGCGCCUGGACUUACAGGUUCUGAGUGGACCCGGACAGUACUCACUCUGAACUCACGCUCUGAGGUAGAAUCUAUGCCUCCACCCAGGACCAGUGCCUCCUCAGUGAGUUUGCUGUCUGUGCUGAGACAGCAGGAAGGUGGCUCUCAGGCAUCUGUGUACACGUCAGCCACAGAAGGAAGGGGUUUUCCAUCAUCAGGGUUGGCAACUGAAUCAGAUGGAGGGAAUGGUUCUAGCCAAAACAACUCGGGCAGUAUUCGCCAUGAGCUUCAAUGUGACCUGAGACGCUUCUUUUUGGAGUAUGACAGGCUGCAGGAGCUGGAUCAGAGCCUGAGUGGGGAAGCUCCCCAGACCCAACAGGCCCAGGAAAUACUCAACAAUAACAUUGAAUCUGAGAGGCCAGGUCCUUCCCAUCAGCCCACCCCUCACAGCAGUGAGAACAACUCCAACCUUUCUCGGGGCCACCUUAAUCGCUGCCGUGCUUGCCACAAUCUUCUGACCUUCAACAAUGAUACCCUGCGUUGGGAAAGAACCACACCUAACUACUCAUCCGGUGAGGCUAGCUCUUCCUGGCACGUCUCCACUACCUUUGAGGGCAUGCCACCGAGUAGCAACCAGUUGCCACCCCUUGAGAGGACUGACAGCCAAACGCCUAGCUCCAGCAGGCUGGAGUUAAGCAGCUCUGCUAGUUCACAAGAGGAGAGGACUGUGGGGGUGGCCUUUAACCAGGAGACAGGCCACUGGGAACGAAUUUAUACCCAGUCCAGCAGAUCUGGAACUGUAUCACAGGAGGCCUUACAUCAAGAUAUGCCUGAAGAAAGCUCUGAGGAAGAUUCCCUCAGGAGGAGGCUGCUGGAGUCUUCCCUCAUUUCAUUAUCCCGUUAUGAUGGAGCAGGAUCCAGAGAGCACCCAAUUUACCCAGACCCAGCGAGAUUAUCUCCUGCUGCAUACUACGCCCAGAGGAUGAUCCAGUAUCUCUCACGGAGAGACAGUAUUCGCCAGCGCUCCAUGCGCUAUCAACAGAAUCGACUUCGUUCUUCCACCUCCUCUUCUUCCUCAGACAACCAGGGUCCAUCAGUAGAGGGAACCGACUUGGAAUUUGAGGACUUUGAGGACAGUGGUGACAGAUCUAGGCACCGAGCUCCCCGCAAUGCUCGAAUGUCUGCACCGUCACUUGGACGCUUUGUCCCAAGGCGUUUUUUGCUGCCUGAGUAUUUACCUUAUGCUGGGAUUUUUCAUGAACGUGGACAGCCUGGAUUGGCUACUCAUUCUUCUGUUAACAGGGUUCUGGCAGGGGCGGUGAUUGGAGAUGGACAGUCUGCAGUGGCCAGUAACAUUGCCAAUACUACCUACCGACUCCAGUGGUGGGACUUCACCAAGUUUGACCUUCCAGAAAUCAGUAAUGCCUCCGUGAAUGUUCUGGUACAGAACUGCAAGAUCUACAAUGAUGCCAGCUGUGACAUUUCUGCAGAUGGCCAGCUCCUGGCAGCUUUCAUCCCGAGCAGCCAGAGGGGCUUUCCUGAUGAAGGCAUCCUGGCAGUGUAUUCCCUGGCCCCCCAUAACUUGGGGGAAAUGCUCUACACUAAGCGAUUUGGUCCUAAUGCCAUUUCUGUAAGCCUGUCCCCAAUGGGCCGAUAUGUAAUGGUGGGCUUAGCUUCACGAAGGAUCCUGCUGCACCCCUCCACAGAGCACAUGGUAGCCCAGGUCUUCAGACUACAACAGGCCCACGGUGGUGAGACCUCCAUGAGGAGAGUUUUCAACGUCCUUUACCCCAUGCCUGCUGACCAGCGGAGACAUGUCAGCAUCAACUCUGCCCGUUGGCUACCUGAGCCAGGGCUUGGUUUGGCCUAUGGCACCAACAAAGGAGACCUGGUGAUCUGCCGACCAGAGGCCUUAAACUCUGGUAUUGAGUACUACUGGGACCAGCUAAAUGAGACGGUCUUCACUGUCCACUCAAACAGCAGGAGCAGCGAGCGGCCUGGAACCAGCAGAGCCACGUGGAGGACAGACAGAGACAUGGGCUUGAUGAAUGCAAUUGGGUUACAGCCUCGGAACCCUACAACCUCUGUGACGUCUCAGGGCACGCAGACUCUGGCCCUCCAGUUGCAGAAUGCCGAAACACAGACUGAGAGGGAGGAAGAGGAAGCAGGUACAGCAUCCUCAGGUCCUGGUGAAGGCGAGGGCUCAGAAUAUGGUGGCAGUGGGGAAGAUGCCCUCAGUCGGAUCCAGAGGCUAAUGGCUGAGGGUGGAAUGACAGCUGUGGUACAGCGAGAACAGAGCACCACCAUGGCCUCCAUGGGUGGCUUUGGCAACAACAUCAUCGUUAGCCACCGUAUUCACCGCAGCUCCCAGACAGGCACAGAGUCAGGGGCUGCUCGUACCUCCUCGCCCCAGCCCUCCACCUCGCGGGGACUGCUCUCAGAACCUGGGCAACUGCCAGAGAGAGGUCUAAGUCCCCAGACAGCCUCCUGGGACCAGCCUAGUACCUCUGGGAGGGAACCACCCCAGACAGCCUUGCCCUCUUCCUCUCCUGUCCCCAUUCCAGUCGCCCUUGCCAGCAAUGAGGGACCAACCAUGCACUGCAAUGUGACCAAUAACAGUCACCUUCCUGAGGGUGAUAGCAGCAGCCAGGAGGAAGCUGCAGGCCCUAGUGGGGAGCCACGGAACCGGUAGAGACAAAACCAGACACUGGUACCUCCCCUCAAGCUGCUGAGCAGAAGCUGGACCUCACAGCUGGCUGGGAACUGUAUACACAGAAGAGCUGAUGCCUGCAUCGAGGAACAGGAAUAAUGAGAGGGUGGGGCAUGGAGCCACUGGGUAAGGGGCAGUCCAAGGGGCAAGGCUGGCCUAGGGUACAAGACCCCUCCAGGAUCUGGAGCCCAGAAGAGCCACAUUGCUGGGUUGGAGUGAAUGAAGAAGCAAGUGGUAGUCUCUGCCAUGGAUCCCCCCCCUUUCUCCUAGGAUCACUGGCCUAGGGGACUCAGCCCUGGGCAGGAUCCCCAGUCUUCCAGAUCUACCACACCAUCCUGGACACAACAGUGGGACAGUUCUUCCCUGUCCACCACUCGGGACAGAACCACCAGGAGCAGAGGAGCAGCCUUCCCCCUCCCCCAAUUGCUCUGUCUCUGAACCUUCCAGAGUCCCAGCCUCUCUUUAUCCUCUCGGCCCACAGAGACAUAAAAGUCAGACCUAGCUUCCAUGUGGGGGACUUCCUACACUCACAAGUGAGGAUACCUGGAGUGAAGGAAGCAGCCUGCUUGCCUGACACAGGAUGGAGUCAAUGCACAGUGGUGGACAGGUCCUCAGGAGUGGGGGGUGUAGGCUGGCCCGCCCCCAGCUUGUCCACCAAGCUCCCCCCUCCCUAAGGCCCUCCAUGCAGCACCUAUGGGUGUCAGUAUUACCUAAGCCUAGGCCAAAGCCAGUCCAAGGUUGGAGGGAGGAGAUUCCAGGUCAGAAUGUGAGGUCUUGGUCUGUGAUUUGAGGUGUUGCAUGUGGAACCCUGAACUGUAUGUGUAGUUUUUAGUGGAGAAAUCAAGGCUCUAAUCAUUUUGUUUUUAGUAUGAAAAUGUGAUUUCCUUUCUGUUUGUCACUCAUCAUAGAAACGUUUUGGUGGGAGGAGAGGGGAUAGUGUACUGCUAAUGAGGGAGACACCAAAGAUCUACAUCAUUAAAAUGAUGACAUGCCCCUC